CCCAGGGAGGAAAGGUUGCAGCGUUUGGGACUUCUGAGUUUGGAGAAAAGGCGAGGGAAACGGGACGUGAAAAGAGGUUUCUCAUGCCAGAGUGAUCAAGCGUUGCCAAGAUACUAGAUCCCCAAAUAUGGAGGACAAAGAGGAGGAACUGAGCAGCAGAGAAUUCGGCCUGCGCCCCUCGGACUCCUGGGGGCAGCGUGUCUGCCCUGGCCACCGCCUGGUGUUCGUCCUGCUGGGACUCAUCUGCGUCUUCACCAUUGCCGUCGCCGUGUUUGGCUUAACGGGUCGGAAAUCUGUCGGUGAAUUGAGAGGGAUGGAGGACACUUUCAAAAGCGUCAACCGUACGGUCUCGGCGGAGAUCGCCGCUCUGAAAAAGAAGGAGGCAGAGGAUUUGAAGCAGCUGGCGAAGAUUGAACAUAUGGUUCAAAACCUGACUGAGGAGGCAAAGGAAGUGAAGACCCUGUUCCAGGACCAGAUCUCCAAACUGCGGACCAGCAUGCGGACCCAGAAUUGCGAAGUGGAGAGCAUUAAAAGCAACAAGACAGUGUCACGCCACUGCUGCCUCAAAGGUUGGCUCCCAUUUGGGAGCAGCUGCUACUGGCUCUCCAAAACGGACAAGUCUUGGGAUGAAGCCAAGGUCGACUGCGAAGAUAAAGACGCCCACCUGGUCAUCAUCACCAGCUACCUGGAGCAGCAAUUUGUGGCCCAGCUCACGAAGCCCCGGAACACCUGGAUCGGCUUGACCAUGGCUAGCGGCGUCUGGAAGUGGGUGGAUGGGACGGCCUACACCAUCCGCAGAAUAGACUGGCGGCUCGGGGAACCUAACAGCUACUCCGUCCAGAUGCCCUACCACCCGGCCCACUGCGCCCACCUCUACCGCGACGGGCUGUGGAGCGACGAGAGCUGCAACCGCCGCUACAACUGGGUGUGCGAGAUGGACGGCUGAGUCGCCGGGACAGAGAGCGGCCGGCAUGGGGGCCACGGGUUUGCCAGGCCGCUCGGCCUCUUCCAAAACAAAUAAAGAGAACCAUUUUGCAAA